AUGGGUAUCCUGGUGUUGUGGUGGGCUACACACGGAAUUGUUAACUACAAGACAAAUCUUCCUAUUUUCAAGCUGAAGGAAUCUACUGUUAGAAGAAGAUACAGUGACUUUGAAUGGCUGCGAAGUGAAUUAGAAAGAGAAAGCAAGGUUGUCGUUCCCCCACUCCCUGGAAAAGCCUUUUUGCGUCAGCUUCCUUUCAGAGGAGAUGACGGGAUCUUCGACGACAGCUUUAUUGAGGAAAGGAAGCACGGGCUGGAGCAGUUCAUCAACAAGGUCGCUGGGCAUCCUCUGGCACAGAAUGAGCGUUGUCUUCACAUGUUUUUACAGGACGAAAUCAUAGAUAAAAGCUAUACUCCAUCCAAAAUAAGACAUGCCUGAAGUGAUGGCAAGAAGGAGACCAAAAAAAGAAAAACAAACAAACAAACAAAAAACCCAACUUUCCAUAACUAUUACUGAUUCGUAUGCACCAGUGAAGAAGUUCUCACUAACUCUUAGCAUGCUGCACAGAGACCGGUCUAACAUGCCCUCCGUGUGCUAACACUCAUGAUGAUGCCGGUUUUGUUUGUUUGGGCACUUGACAAGAAGUUAAUUUGCUUUAGCGAAAAUCCCUCAUUCCAGCCUUUCCCUCAAUCGCUCUCCCUCGCUGUUCUCCCGCGGUGCGCACCACCUGACGGCCUCGCCAACCUGUCUUUUCAGUGUCAUCUGCAGUGUCCUCACUAAAGUGACCGCCUUGUCUGCUAUGCACAGAUUGUGUGUCAUGUCUGCUUCUUGAAUCUGACUCACUAGAAUGUGCCCCUUAGCCCUCUUUCCACUCCGCGAUGUCACCUGUCCUGAGUCCUGUGUAGGAGCACGACACCGCUGCUUCCCACUCCCGCCCCCAGAAGAGACACACUUGUGUGUGCAAACCACGUCUUCCCUCGGGCUCGAAAAAUCCUCCACACGGAAGAUUCAUGAGGGACAUCUUUAUAUAAUGUGUAAAGAACAAAAUCCAAUUUAUAUACUAAAAUCAUUUGUCUAAGAUUUUAGGUGGUUUUCCAAUAAAAAUGAAACCGCAUUUCUGAUGUGCACUGAGUGUGCGGCCUCAGCUCGUCCUUUCCCCUUUCUGGCUUUGCUGCUUGACUCACGUGUGGAGAGGGAUUAUUUACUAAUUCUAUACUCUCAGUCCUGUAACUCCACUCCUCUCUAAACAGGGUGAUAUCAAAUAUGCCAGCACCCUUUGAAUGGGGCAUUUGCUUUUAAACAACAACAAAAAAGUGAUGUGCUUAAAAAAGGAGAAAGCAUUCCUUACGGCUUUCCGAGCCAUUUAAGAAGCAGUCUGUGUAUUUGCAAAAUGCUCUAGCUCCUCGAGCCUUCUUUCAAAGGCUUUUCAGUACCAUGCCUCCUGUUUUGUCAGAAGAAUGUUUUCCUAUACCCAAAUGAUUUGUUUAAAUAAACUUGUUGUAAAGGG